AUUCAAUUCAAUUCUGGAACCACGACGAACGUUGCAUUAAUUCUGGCACUUUCUCUAAGAGUUCCUUGCUAUAAUUCAUUUAUUUAAUAAACCUCAAUCUACGUGGCCUUCUAAAAAGCGCAUCUCAGCAAAGACAUCUUCCGACGUUUCUGAUACCGCACGGAAACCGGGUUGCGAACAGAAGCUACAUAAACGACUGGGCUCUAACUUGUUUGAGUCUCAACUGCAUCACAACUCACUACACACUACACACAACACACAAACAUAUCCACUAUGUUGGGACCUUUGGAUCUUGGCUUCGCCUGGCCAUCUGAACAGAGCAUGGCCUCCAUUGCCUUCUCCUCUUAUUCUCCGCUGGCCCUUCGCGAUAUGCCCCAGCCUAGACCAAACGAUGCACCCUCCGACAUAGACACUUCCAUCUUCACAUUCGAAGACGCCUUUGAGGAUCUCCUUGCUGAAUCACAAGGAAAAGAGCUACCAGAUAUUAGAUCCCGAUAUGAGCAACGGAAACUCCUCCGAUCUAUGUACCCAAAUGGUGAGCCUGGAUACUUUUGGCUGCACAGGUUGAGAUCACAGGGUCUUUUGGAAGAUUCUGGACCCGCCAAGCUUAUAAAAUCACUUGCGAACAAUAAUUGGGACAAAUUCCACGAAGAACUAGAUCGUAGGGCUCAAGAAGUAUGGCGCGCUGCUUUUGGCGAGGAUGACGACGAGAACGACACCUGGGGAGAGACCAAGCGAGAUCAUGCCCUGAGCAGUGAAGAACGCAAUGAAGAGAGAAGUCGUUGGAAUAGAGAAAACCCACCUGAGUAUGACAUUGAGGAUCUUCGUGCAGAGCUUCAUGGUCACCGCAACCUGCGCCGAGGACCUAACGACUUUGACGAACUAUUCUCUGCCAUUCAGUCAUCCUUUGCUAGCGACCAAUCGCCCUGGGAUUCGUUUAUGAAACUAAUUACUGAGGACCAUCCUACGACACCUUCGAACAGAGAAGAGAAGCAGCUGCAGAAGCCUGGAAGUGAUGAGAAGCAGGUCGUUACUAAGGACGAAUACGUAGAUCGAUUUGGCUACCUACACACAAAGACGUUGGUCAAGACACUGGAUGAGAACGGCAAUGAGAUUGGAAGCCACAGCCAUUAUACUGUUCGGCCGGCUCCAAAGGAGAAUGAACCUGCACAGAUCGAGGAUAAGAAUAAAGAAGGUCAAGAGUCCGGCAUCAAGGUGGAUGGAAGUGCAGAAGCCAAGACUGGCUGGUUCUGGAAAUAAGGGCUUUGCGCCACAAACGAAAUGGAGAAGUUGAAUUUGGACUCGCUCCCAGCUCAAUGAUGUAU